CAUUUUGAGCCUGGCUGUUCGGUGUCCGCCCAGCGCGCUUCGUUGUUGGCUUCCUCGCGCCGUGGGUGACGACGCCUUGAGCUGCCAGGCACCUGCGUGGUCGUUCCCGUUUCUACAGGCGUUCGUCCGAAAUGCACUCAACCAUUCUUGCAAAGCACUCCUUCCUCUGCUGCAACAGCGCAGCGACAGACAGUCACGGCAGCCUGGGAGGCUGUUCUUGAAAGACCACCGAGAAGUCUGGAUGUAACCACCAAUAGAAGGAUUUAAUGAGCUCGAACUUCACAGAAAGCACUGCACUCCCGACAAGGUGCUAUUCUUUCGGUGAACCCAGUCGUGAAUUCUGAAUCCUCCAACCCUUUUACCUGUUGGCCAUUCCUAAUACCUGGCGAAGUGGAGUCUGCAUUUCGGAGCUCCGGAGUGACCAGAACAAGAUAACUGGGCAUGCUCAGUAGGUACGGGCCGAUUUGGAACACAAGGAUGGAUCGAAUGAAGGUUUGCAACGCUGCUCGCUUUUAGGAUUGGAUACAUAGUCAUCCUAGCAUUACGUCUGAUCCUGCAGUCCCUCUCACACUGUUGGCGCCCACGCUUCUUAAUUUUAUCGUGUGCCUAAUUUGGAGCCAGCCCUCCUGGAUCUCCUGGCCAAUCAGGAGACCACACACUGUCGCCUAAGAGACUCUGGAUAGCAGCGACAGAAUUUACAAAUAGUGAUUGGACUCCUGGAAGCUGGGAGGGGUCUGGAAGGAGUCAAAGAGAAAGCUGACCUAGUGCAACUAUGGCAACAGCAGCACCAGAGGCUUGAAGAGGAAGACGAGCUGAAAGAGGUACAGUCUUUCUUAUGAAAGAAUACCUGGUUAUUUCAUGAUGGCAUUAGCACCUCUAAAAAGCAUAGAGGGCUCCAAAAUGCAAACAAAGAUGAGUACUUGGACACCCCUGAACCAUCAGCUUUUGAAUGACCAGGUAUUUGAAGAAAGAAGAGCUCUGCUUGGAAAAUGGUUUGACAAAUGGACAGACUCUCAAAGGAGAAGAGUCCUCACAGGCCUGUUGGAGCGUUGCUCCCUGUCACAGCAAAAGUUCUGCUGUCGAAAGCUUCAGGAAAAAAUUCCAGCAGAAGCUCUGGAUUUUACCACCGAGCUUCCAAGGGUGUUGUCUUUAUACAUCUUUUCUUUCCUGGAUCCCCGCAGCCUUUGUCGUUGUGCACAGGUGAGCUGGCACUGGAAGAACUUGGCUGAGCUGGACCAGCUCUGGAUGCUCAAAUGUUUGCGGUUUAACUGGUACAUCAAUUUCUCUCCGACCCCCUUUGAGCAGGGCAUAUGGAAGAAACACUACAUUCAAAUGGUGAAAGAACUUCAUAUUACCAAGCCUAAGACACCGCCAAAAGAUGGAUUUGUAAUUGCUGAUGUUCAACCAAUAACAAGUAAUUAUCCGGAGGAAAAGCAGUCUCCCUCAUCAGCUUUUCGGUCCUCCUCUUCAAGGAAGAAGAAGAAUACAGGGGAGAAAGAACUCCCACCUUGGCGAUCCUCUGAUAAGCAUCCUACUGAUAUCAUUCGUUUCAAUUACCUUGACAACUGUGAACCCAUUGAGCACACCUGGCAAGGAAGAAGGAAAAGAAAUGAAAUGAUCCCAGAAUUCAGCCAACGGUCACAUGAUAAGAAAAAUAAGUUGCAGGACAGAGCCAGACUACGAAAAGCACAGUCACUGAUGUCCCUAAGUUCCAACUCUCCUCUAAGAAUUCCGGCUCAUCUUGCCUGGACUUCUCAUCAGUCUGCGGAACCCUCAGCCACCAAAGCAGCAACCGCAUUUCUCCUGCAGCAUCUUCAGAGACACCCGGGGCUUCAGGCACUACCCACCCGAGCUCCAGAACUGAAGCAGAUUUAAAAAUGGGACAGGACUUUUAUAGAAAUGACAAGAUGUUUCAGAGGCUGGAGAGCUAAAUUUUCUCAGGCUCCUCUUUUUAGAAAUGCUGUCAGUUUCAGUACCUUAUUGUGAGAGUGAGCCCCACAGUAGAACAGUUAAAAGGAAUUCAUGGCAUAAAUGUUGACAGUUUCACAAACUUAAAAAACUGUGGUGACAGCUACCAUGCAUGGGGUUACCGGGACACACCAUGGUACCACUGAUGUUAUCGGACGUCUGAUGCAGCACGUACUCACUGCUGCUCAAGCAGUUUAGAGAAGGAGCUAGUUGCCAUGGCAUCUUAGUUUGCUCGGGCAGCAGCACAGACUGGGGGCUUCAGAAUCAGAAUCAUUUGCUCAUAGUCUUGUGGCUGGAUGUCAAGGCCAAGAGCAGGGCUGGUUCCUCCUGAGGCCUCUCUCCUUGUCUUCUCCCCAUGUUUUCACCUCAUUGUCCCUCUAUGCCGAUAUAUACUCUCCUCUUAUAUGGACUCCAGCCACACUGGGACAGGGCCCAUCCUAAUGUCCUCAUUUAUCUAGUCCCAUCUCUAAAGACCCUAUCUCCUAAUAUAGUCACAAGCUUAGAUAGUGGGGAUUAGAACUUCAACAUGAGUUUGUGGUAGAGGCAUAAUUCAGGCCAUAACACAUGCUGUGGCUGAGAUAAGAGAACCAAAAGAGAAGAUGAAGCAAGCAGGAACUAACAAUGGGGCAAACCUUUACCACCUGCUGGACCAAAGAGGAAAAAGAGAGUAGAAUGAGAGCUGUAGCCCUGGGUGAGGAGCCACCCAACAGGAUGUGCCACGUGGUAGAGGAACACCGGGUCUAUCAAAAGCAGAAUAAUAGGAAAAUAAAUAUGUUUGCUAACCAUGUAUUGUGGAACACCUAUGUUCUUAUGCUCCAUACUGUUACAUAAGUAUUUUUGAAUGGUUUGAAAUCGUGGCCUAGAGUGCAUGGUGGUCGCUAGAGGCUAAGAAGGGUAGGGGGGAUGGAGAGAGGCUGAGUAGUGGGUACCAAAAGGCAAUCAGAAAAAAGUAGUUCUGUAGUAGAGUAACUACUGUCCACCCCAGGUCAUUACAUACUUCAUGAAGACUAGAGAGAAGGGUUUGAAUGUUCCCAACACAGAUACAUAAUAAAUGUUUGAGGAGAUGGAAAUGCCAAUUACCCUGACUUGAUCAUUAUACAUUGUAUACAUGUAUCACAUUAUCAUACUCUGUCCCAAAUAUGUAUAAAUGCUAUUGACACCUAGCAAACUGACACUUUUUUUUUUUUUUUAAAUGGUGACCUGGGAGUAUGGCCCAGGACCCAGCGGUUUAGAUACUCAAAUGAUGGGUGGGGACAAAGCAUGGCCAAUUCACCAUUGAUGUGUUUGUACCACCAGGGUGAGACUAAGCUCACGCUGCACUGAGACCUCGUGUUCUCAGGGGCAGAGUGGACAGCACUCAGGAAGCUGUCCUCCUCCUGACACCUGCACCCUCCUGAGUGGCCCCCAAAGCCAGGGUCAAAUGAGUAAGCUGGGGUGGCUGCAGCUCCAUGUCUCUGUGUCCCAGUGCACCCUUUGUUAUACCAGUCACAGUGUGGGCUGGUAGUUGAAUGGGCCAGCUUGGUAUCUGUCCUCAGCCCUUUCUAGAACAAACCAGAAAAUUCUGGGGGCAAAGACAUAUCAAGAGAUGGAAGGGCUCAUCUGGUAUCAGCAGCUGCAUCUUGUCCUAGCUAGUCUGUCUGUCUAUCUAUCUAUCUAUUCCUGUGUAGCAAACCACCCCAAACUUUCUUGGUUGCAACAAGUCAGUUAUUUUCCUGUUAAAUCUGCAGUCUUGAGAGGGCUCUGUGGGGGAGCUUGUCUUCAGUCCAGGCAACAUCUUCUAGGUCUCUUGACCCAGGGCUGGAGUGUCCACUUCCAAGAUGGUAUAAGUACAUGGCUGGUGUCAGCCACUCACUGGAAGCUCAGCCAGGACUAGGGGCCUCUAGACCCUAGUGACAGGGAGAGAGAGCCAGGUGACAGAGGCAGAAAGAGACAGGCAAGAGCAUGAGAGACAGACAGGAAACAGGGGCAGAGAGACAGGUGACAGUGGGAGAGACCUGUGAUGGGGGAGAGAUAUACAGGCAGCAGUGGGAGAGAGGGACAGACAGCUGGGAGAAAGAGGAGACAGGUCAGAGGCCUAGAGAGAGGGAAGGUGACAAGUGGAGAGAGAGACAGGCUGCAGGAGGAGAGACAGGCUAGAGGCUAAGAGACAGAUGACUGGGGGAGAGAGAGGUGACAGGGGAAGAGAGAGAUGAGAGACAGGGAUAGAGACAGAGACGAGAGAUGGGGAGAGAGAGAGAUGAGAGACGGGGGAGAGAUAGCCAGUUGAAAGGCACAAAGAGUCAACAGGGGGAGAGAGAGGUGAUGGGGCAAGAGACAGGUGAAAGGUGGAGAGAGUGAUGGGGAAGAGAUGGGUGAUGGGGCAGAAAGAUACAAGAAACAGAGAGAGAGAGAGAGGAGAGAGAGAGAGAGAGGUGAUGGGAAGACAGCCCACAGUGGGGGAGAGAGAGGCCACAGUGAGAGGGACAGGGAAGAGACAGGUGAGAGAGCCAAAGAGAGAGACAGGGGACAGGGGUUGUUCAUUCAUAGCCUGUUAGACAGCCUCUAAUAAAUUGGCAAUGGUGGGGCCAGCACUGUGGCAUAAUGGGUAAAGCUGCCGCCUGCAGUGCCAGCAUCCCAUAUGGACACCAGUUCGAGUCCCAGCUGCUCCACUUCCGAUCCAGCUCUCUGCUGUUGCCUGGGAAAGCAGUGGAAGAUGCCCCAAGUUCUUGGGCCAUUACACCUGCAUUAGAGACUCAGAGGAAGCUCCUGGCUUCUGGGUUUUUUGGAUCGGUACAGCUCCAGCAUUGCAGCCAUCCGGGGAGUGAACCAGCGGAUGGUCUCUCUCUCUCUCUUUCUCUCUCUCUCUCUCUCUCUCCCCCCUCCCUCUCUGUAACUCUGCUUUUCAAAUAAAUAAAUAUAUAUUUAAAGUAAAUAAGUAAAUAAAUUGGCAGUGGUAUGUACACUGUUUGCCUGGGCUCUGUGAACUACUCCAGCAGAUGAUGAAAACUGAGAAGGGGGCUGUAGGGCUCUCUGAUUUGUGACGAGGUUGGACGGAAGUCGUUUGUAGACUGGGGACUUGUGACUGGUAUCAGAAGCAGAGCAGUCUUGUGGGACUGAACCCUUGUCCUGUGCUGUCCUCAGGUAGAUAGUACUAUAAUUGGAUUGAACUGUGGUACUGUGGCUUCUAUGUGAGAAUUGCUUGUUGUGGGAAAAAUCCCACAUGUCUGGUCGCAGAAGUUCUGUGUUGAGUGUUGGGGCAAUAGAAAGAGAAAACAGUUGUUUUGUU